GGUCUGCGGGAGAAAGACGCGCUGCUCCUGCUUAUUUUCCGCAGCCUGUCAUCGUAGCCUGUCCCAGUCCAGGGCCAGCGCUCUGGGAGUCCGGCUGGGGACAUGGCAGAGCCCCCGGGGAAGAAGCUGAAGAGCAGCCUGCCUCAGUGCAGAGCGCACCCGAGCUCCGAGGGCAGCAGCCGGGUCAGGCACAACCUGCCCGCCGCCGUGGAGGAGGCUCUGUGCGGCGUGGGCGGCCUGAUGUGGGACGGAGCGUACAAACUGCAGGCGCUGGCCAGUGCGUUUGAGAGGCAUGACGUUGCCCUGCCUCGCGUAGCUGCUUUCUUCCACCAGGAGGCGCUGAAGCAGCAAGCUGAGGCCGAGGCUAUGCUGGGCUACCUGGCUGAGAGGGGGGGCAAAUACUGCGGCAAAGACAUCAAGAAGCCGGGCUGUGAGGCGGUCUGUGCCGUGUUACCAGCUCUGGAGCUGCUGCUGCUCCAGCUCAAAGAGGAGGCCGGCGUGCUGGUGGAGCUGAGCCAGCUGGCCCGAGAGCACGGGGACCCGCACACCGCCAGCGUUGUGAAGAGCCACUUCUUGGCGCCGCGGGUUGACCGUCUCAAACUAUUAGGCGACCUGCUCACCAGUGCCCGUCGGGUCGGCUGCACCGGUGACCAAACGAGAGGGUUUGGGGAGUAUAUCCUGAAUGAGCUUCAGGAAGAACUCACCAGAUGAUCGAUCUUCUUCACCUUAAAGAAAGACAUGGCUGGUAUGCUGUAUUAUACUCGUCUCCUCUGAGUCAAAAUCUGACAUUUUCUGUGAUAUUGCAGGAACUGCAUUUGGGUCCAGAUGAAAAUAAUUUUCAUCUCUCUGUGUUCAAUGAAGAAAUAUGUCCAGAAGGUGUUUAGCCUAGCUUAAAGCAAAGGCUGAAUGCAAGGGGGAUUGUUAGCCUAUCUCCAUAAAAGUUGAAAAAUGUAUAUCCAUGCCAAAUCUAUUUUAAUUACAUUGCUUAUAUACAUUUUGUAGGCUCUAUCUUGAGGUAGCUUGUGUUAACCCUAAGUGAAUAUAAUGUAAAUUUCUCCAAAUUUUUUGUAUUAAGAAUAUAUAUUUUUCACACUAGCCUUUGAGGAAUUGUAACUCGAAAACCUUUUAACCGACAAACAUGGAAACAGCACCUAACUUCAACGGCAGCUUUGGCCAUUAUUUUUGAAUCUCAGAUUUGUAGUUGCAUUUUGGAUGAUGAUGACCAGGCCCUGUACACAAGGUUUAGUUUAACUUAAUAAUUCAGAGAUCUAUGAAUGUUUCCCAAAUGUACUUAUAGCCAGUUGCGAAGGGUCAAUACAGGGUUUUGCUACACGUAAACUGCUACUCACAUCUUUGAUUGUGUGUAUUACAACAGAUAAAAUACUUUUUUUUAAUUAUUUGUCCCGAGUGUAUUUACUUUUGAAUCACAAACUUUUGUUUCUUAACUUUUUAUUAUUUUGACAGAGCUUCAGAACCCCGAAUGUAUUGAAAAAGUUUGUAAACUACCGCUGAAUUGAUUGUCAAUAGGUUCAGACUUGUUUUGCAAUUUAUAAUAAAGUGGAAGUGGAAGAAACUGUU